UCUGGUCAGCUGACUGAUAUGCGGGGCUGUGAUUGGCUGGCGCAGCGCUGUACAGCUGGUCUGUGGGCAGAUGUGAAUGAGACAAGGCAGGCAGUGUUUCCCAGCCCGGGGCAGACACACAGACCCAGCGCAGCGAGCGGAUCAGCCGCGUUCCCGGGAUGCAGACAUGGGCUGCGGGGCGAGUGUGCUGCUGCAGCAGGCCUUCCGCUCAGCCAUGCGCAGGAACUGCCCCCACAUCUGCCCCCACCGCCACCAGCCGCCGUCUCUGGAGAUCCUGUCCCAGGAGGAGGGCUACACUGCCAGCCCACCCCACACUACCAUCGUCAUGCAGGAGAAGCCCAAGCAGAUCGACCCUCUGGACUAUGAGGCGGUGGUUUCUGAGCUGGACGCUGAGCUGAAGGAAGACCCCCUACGGGACCUGCUCCUCUUUCCUGACGAUGACUUCACAGUGAUUACUGUACCUGUGGAGAGGCGGACGCUGCUGUCCACGGUGCCGGAUGGAGCAGAACUGGCAGAGUGUCUGCUGGUCAGACAGGCCUGCAAGUAUUACAACUCCCCGCAGCACCUGGUCCAAUAUAAAUAUGAGGAGUACGCCGCGGAUUACCGCCUACUGCCCAGAAAGCUGAGUAAGACUGAGAAGUUGCCGUCCCACUCUUUUGAGAUUGACCAUGAGGAUGUGGAUAAAGAUGAGGACACGACAUCAUUAUCUUCUUCGAAAGGAGGAGGGGGUGGCAGCGGGGGCGGGGGCUUGGGGGUGUUCAGGUCUGGGUGGCUCUACAAAGGAAACUUCAACAGCACCGUCAACAACAGCAUCACUGUGCGGUCUUUCAAACGGCGGUAUUUCCAGCUGACGCAGCUGACGGACAGCUCCUACAUCAUGAACUUCUACAAAGACGAGAAGAUCUCCAAGGAGCCCAAAGGGUGCAUCUUCCUGGACUCCUGUACGGGUGUGGUGCAGAAUAACCGGCUGCGGAAGCACGCCUUCGAGCUGAAGAUGAACGAGGUGACGUACUUUGUGCUGGCGGCUGAGAGCGAGCAGGACAUGGAGGACUGGAUCUCCACCCUGACCCGCAUCCUGCAGAUCCGCCCCCAGGACGGCCCGCUUCUGGACCGCAAGAGCGUGGACCUGACCGACACGCGGCAAGAUGUCAUAGAGCUGUCCUUGAGUGACACCGGUCUCCCUGACAACGAUGAACUGCCAAAUGGUUUAAACCCUGAUCUGGCCCGGUACAUAAGUGAAACGGAGGACACAGUGCACGCUGCGCGGCAGGAGGAAAGGCUCAACCUGUUCUCUCUGGACUCAGACAUUCUUGUGCAGCGGAGCCCCCGUGGGGAGUUCACAGCGGGGGAGCCGCAGGUGGUGCGCCCGUUUGAGGAGAAGCUGGGGAAGAGGUUCAUGAUCUCCUGUCGAACCCUGAAGCUGACCCUGCAGGGCUGCGUGUGCGAGACAGAGAACGGGCCCAUCACAAACGUGAAUCGAGCCUUCUUCGUUACGCUGGCUCUGUUCGACGUGCGGGACGGCCGGAAGGUCUCGGCCGAUUUCCACGUGGAUCUGAACCAUGAGGCCGUGCGGCAGAUGCUGGGCGGGGCUGGGGGCCCGGGGACCCCGCAGGAGAACGGCCUCUGCUCACCUGCAGAAAAGACACCCGGAGACUGCCAGCUGCCCCCACAACCGGACACCUGGCUGCAAUUCCCCAAACAGUAGCCUUACCGGCAGGCCAUCUUCUCGGUGACUAACCCACACCCGGAAGUUGUGCUGGCUGCCCGGGUUGAGAGGUGGCUGAUGGGAAAUAUCGCCAGUGGGGCGGAGCCUUAUAUCAAGAACACUGACUCCAGCAAAACUGUUCAGAAAAUAGUGAAAUCCAACAAGCAGUUCUGUAGCAAACUGGGGAAAUACCGGAUGCCUUUUGCCUGGUGUGUGAGGUCAGUGUUCAAGGACAGCCAGGGCACCUUGGACAGAGACUCUCGCUUCUUCCCCCCUAUUCAAGAGCAGGAGAGCAACAAGAUCUCCACAGACGACCUGUUCAAGCUUAUCUCUGAGUUCCGGAGGGCAGAGAGGGCCAGUAAACUGCAGACCAUUCCGGGAAGCCUGGAGAUAUCAGUGGACUGUGUGCCUAUGGAGCAUCCCAAACUGUGUGACUCCUCCUACGUUCCCGUUAAACCGUUGAGGGACUGUGAGCAGCACCCACCCACUGUGCAGGUGGAGGAGAUUGUCCAGGAGUUCGCCCAAGUUCUGCCAUCCGUACAGAGUCUACAAGAACACAUCUACGUGUACCCCAGACACCUAAAAUAUUACGACAGCCAGAAGACCUUCGCCAAGGCGCGGAACAUUGCCCGCGACGUGGAGUUCCGGAGCUCCGAUGCCGAGGUGGCCAAACCCCUGAGGUGCAUCUACGGAAAGCCAGGAGGUCCAGUUUUCACCACAGCAGCCUGCUCAGCUGUCCUGCACCACUCCCAGAACCCUGACUUCUGUGAUGAGGUGAAGAUCGAGCUGCCCACUCAUCUCCAUGACAAACACCACCUGCUCUUCUCCUUCUACCAUGUGACCUGUGACAUCAACGCCAAGACCAACGCCAAGAAGAAAGAGGCACUAGAGACUCCAGUGGGGUAUGCCUGGCUCCCCCUGCUGAAGGAGGGGCGCUUGGCCUCUCAGGAGUUCAACAUCCCUGUGUCCAGCGUCCUGCCCCAGGGGUACCUGCUCACCAAGGAGCCCGGAGCAGGGAAGAACGGAACAGACCUGAAGUGGGUGGAUGGUGGAAAGGCCAUAUUUAAGGUGGCUACACACGUCCUGUCCACAGUCUACACUCAGGACCCCCACCUGAACCGCUUCUUCCAGGAGUGUCAGAAAGGAGAGCUGGAUCUGUCAAUGCCGACGACUUCAAACUUCCUCACCAGCCUGAAGGGUCUCCUCAGUGUGGAGAAGAGUCAUGUGAUCAUCCACUUCCUGCCAGUGCUGUUUAACCAGCUGUUUAAGGUGCUGACACAGAAUGACAACGAUGAGGUCACUACUGCCACCACCAGGGUUCUGGUUCACAUUGUUUCUAAGUGUUAUGAAGAUAGCCUGGAAGCCUACUUGCACUCUUACAUAAAGUUUGUGUUCCGUACAGAGAGCCACGGUUUUCGGACAGUGCAUGAAGAAUUGGCCAAAGGCAUGACCUCUGACCUUAAGAGCAACGAACAGAUAGCCGUGAGGAACAUCCUGAAGUUCUCCUGGUUCUUCUUUGAGCUGAUCAGUAAGUCCAUGGCUCAGCACCUGGUCGACUCGGACAAGCUGCAGGUCCCUCGACCACAGAGGUUCCCGUCCUCCUACCUGAGCAAGCUGGAGGCUCUGAUCAUGACCACAGCUGAUCACGUCUUCUGGAAGACCAAAGAUAUGCCCGAGGAGACACACAGCGCUAACCUGGCGGUCGCCAGCUUCAUCAAGCGCUGCUUCACGCUCAUCGACCGAGGAUUCACCUUCAAACUCAUCAGCGGCUACAUGAACAUUAUCGCAGCCGCGGAGAACAAGGCGCUGUGUGAGUUUAAGUUUGAGUUCCUGCGGGAGGUGUGUAACCACGAGCACUACAUCCCUCUCAGCCUGCCAAUCCCCUCCGCCCGCAUCACAGAUCGCGCCUGUUCACCGGAGGCACAGAACACACAGGUGGACGUGCCCGAGUACAGCCUGACGGGGGAGUUCUGCAGGAAGCACUUCCUGACGGGGCUGUUGCUGCGGGAACUGGGCCUGGCGCUGCAGGAUGAGCAGGACCUCAGACACUUGGCGCUCGCCAGCCUCAAGAACCUGAUGGCCAAGCACUCCCUGGACCCCCGCUACGCCCACAGGGACAGGGAGGCGCGGAUUGCAGCUCUGUAUCUGCCCCUGUACGGCCUCAUCUUGGACAACAUGCCCCGCUUCUUCCUCCGAGACCUCUUCCCCGUCUGCUUCACGACCAGCGACCAGGGGUCCCGGGACGACCUGAGUGUGGGGGGGGGGCUUCCGGGGCAGAUGGCACUCUCUCUGCGGCACGGAAACUCUGUGGAUGCCUCAUUCUCCAAAGAGGUCCUCAACUCCAUCACAGCCUUCUCCUCCUUGGCAGUUUCCAUGGGUAACCAUGCAGGCUCGCGGGGGUCCGUGGCCAGUAUUGAGUCGAACCCGAGCACCAGCGACAAGAACAGCGAGAAAACUGACGGCUGUGAGCGGUUUGUACGCCCCCAGUCCCUGAUUGGCUUUGGCUCCCGGUUCGACAAGCUGGACCAGGCUGAGACCCACAGCCUCCUCCUGUGUUUCCUCCACAUCAUGAAGACCAUCUCUGAGGAUGUCAUGGUUUCUUACUGGCAGAGAGCAGUGCAUCAGGAGAUCUCCGACUUCUUCAACAUCUUAGAGCUCUGCCUCCAGCACUUCAGGUUUCUGGGGAAACGGCACAUUGCCAGGAAGCUAGCAGCAGCGGUCAAGUUGGCUCAGUCCACCCACAACAAUGGCAACCUGAAAGGCUCAAACACUUCCACCCAGUCCUCCGGUCUGCUCCCGCAAUGGAUGGUCUCCAGUCAGGACGGUCACCGCCACGCCCGGUCCCAGACCAUGCCCAUCCUGCGGGGGAAGAACGCACUCACCAACCCCCGGCUGCUGCAGAUGAUGGAGUCCAGUGGCAGCACGUUGGACGGAGACUCUCUGAGCCCCACGGCCAUGGAGGCCAACCUGUCCACCGAAGUGGCCCUGACUGUGCUCGACAUCCUCGGGCUCUUUGUGCAAAACCACAAGAAACAGCUGCAGCAGGAGGAUGGACAGAACCCCCUGAUGAAGAAGGUCUUGGACACCUACCUGCUCUUCUUCCAGAUCAACCAAUCAACCACCACGCUGCGGCACGUGUUCGCUGCCCUGCGGCUUUUUAUACACAAGUUCCCUGCAGUGUUUUUCCAGGGUAAAGCAGAACUGUGUGGCUCGCUGUGUUACGAGAUUCUGAAGUGCUGUAACCACCACAGCAGCUCGACUCAGACUGAGGCCUCCGCUCUGCUCUACUUCAUCAUGAGGAAGAACUUUGAGUUCACCAAGGGGAGGUCCAUCGUGCGCUCGCACCUGCAGCUCAUAAAGGCAGUGAGUCAGCUGAUUGCGGAUGCGGGCAUCGGAGGGUCGCGCUUCCAGCAGGCCCUCGCCAUCAUCAAUAACUUCGCCAACGGAGACGCGCCGCUGAGGAAUACCUCAUUCCCAGCAGAGGUGAAGGACCUGACCAAGCGGAUCCGCACUGUGCUCAUGGCCACGUCUCAGAUGAAGGAGCAUGAGAAGGAUCCGGAAAUGCUGGUGGACCUGCAGUACAGCCUGGCCAACUCCUACGCCAGCACUCCUGAGCUCCGGCGUACCUGGCUGGAGAGCAUGGCGAAGAUCCACGUCCGCAACGGGGACCUGUCUGAGGCAGCCAUGUGUUACGUUCACAUCUCAGCUCUGGUCGCUGAGGAUCUGAAGAGGAGAGGUUACUGGAAAACAGACAAGCCCAGGAACUGGAGCGCGCUCCCAGAGGAGGCUAAUGGCAUUAACUGUACCCCCUUACUAACCCCGCGGGACGGAGAAUCCUCGUUCUGCAUGGGCUGGGCAGCCUUCCUGUGCAUCACCCCCAACGUGAAGGAGGAGGGCGCCAUGAAGGAGGACACGGGCGCACAGGACACGCCCUACACUGAGGACACGCUGGUGGAGCAGCUGGAGCUCUGUGUCGAUUACCUGUGGAAAUCAGAGAGACACGAGCUCAUCGCUGACGUCAACAAACCCGUCAUUGCCGUCUUCGAGAAGAGGAGGGACUUCAAGCGCCUGUCGGAGCUGUACUAUGACAUCCACCGCUCGUACCUGAAGGUGACGGAGGUGGUGAACUCGGAGAAGCGGCUGUUCGGCCGGUACUACCGCGUAGCGUUCUACGGGCAGGCUUUCUUCGAAGAGGAGGAGAGUAAGGAGUUUAUCUAUAAGGAGCCCAAGCUGACCGGCCUAUCAGAGAUCUCCCAGCGCCUGCUCAAACUGUACUCUGACAAGUUUGGGGCUGACAACGUCAAGAUGAUCCAGGACUCCAAUAAGGUAAACCCCAAAGACCUGGACGCCAAGUUUGCCUACAUUCAGGUGACGUACGUUACCCCAUACUUUGAGGAGAAGGAGCUGCAGGAGCGGAGGACGGACUUUGAGAGGCAUCACAACAUCAAGCGCUUCGUGUUCGAGACCCCCUUCACCCUGUCUGGCAAGAAGCACGGAGACGUGGAGGAGCAAUGCAAGAGAAGGACCAUACUGACCACCAGCUCCACCUUCCCUUACCUGAAGAAGCGUAUCCAGGUGGUGGAGCAGCAGAGCACAGAGCUGAACCCCAUCGAGGUGGCCAUCGAUGAGAUGUCCCGCAAGGUGUCCGAGCUCAACCAGCUCUGCAGCAUGGAGGAGGUGGACAUGAUCCGCCUGCAGCUCAAACUGCAGGGCAGCGUCAGCGUCAAGGUGAACGCAGGCCCCAUGGCCUAUGCCCGGGCUUUCCUGGAGGAGAAGAACGCCAAGAAAUAUCCCGACAACCAGGUCAAACUUCUCAAGGAGAUAUUCAGGCAGUUUGCAGACGCGUGCGGCGAGGCGCUGGAUGUGAACGAGAGGCUGAUAAAGGAGGAUCAGCUGGAGUACCAGGAGGAGAUGAGGGUUCAUUACAGAGACAUGCUGGCCGAGCUGUCUGCAGUCAUGAACGAGCAGAUUCAGCACUCCAAGUCUGCUGGGCCGGAGCGGCUUCACACCUGCUGAUCUCCAGCAGAAGCAGAAAAAUGACUUUGAACUGGAAAUGAGGGAACAGCUGUUACAAUCUGAGUUUAAAAACCUGUCAUGCAGUUUGCAGUCCAGGGGUGUGUCCCUCUGUCUCAGGCCACUGCUAUUAUAAAGCUUAUUGUGUUUCUGCCAGUCUCCCUCCCACACACACGCACACGCACACAUACACGCACACGCACACGCACACAUACACACACAUACACACGCACGCACACGCACACAUAC